AUGAUGAAGCAAAGUAGGUCUAUAUUUAAAGGUCGCUUAAAGUGGUGCCAGAAAAACGAAAGUAAAAUUUUAUUGGAACGGAUAAGCAACGCAUGUAUAGACAAAAACUUUUCUAAAUUUUGGCAACAUACAUCAAAACUAUGCAAAAUAAGGGUUGGAGUUCCGGUAUGCGUGGAUGGUGUUAGCGAUAAAAAACAGAUAGCUAAUAAUUUUAAACGGAACUUUUUGUUGAAUGACGGCUAUUCUAGUGGUGGACCUUCUGCGAUAGAUACAUUUGAUAUGCCUGUUUUAUCAUAUACUCAUAUUGAUGAGAGUAUGGUGUAUAAUGCCCUUAAAAAGAUGCACCUUGUUGAGGAAGAUAAAAUCGAAAAUGAGAAUUUCAAAUUUGAAGUAAACUGGAGUCAUGAAACAGAUACUGCUGAAAAACAAGAACACUUUGAGAUUGAUGCUUUUGAAGAUCGACAUACGGCUUUGGAGGACGACUUGCCACUAAUUGCAUUUGGUUCAAAGAGUAAAGCAGAUGACGAUGACAUAGAACAACCCUGCAUACAAACAAAUAAUUUUUCAAAACCGUACAUACAAAAAUACACACCGGAGAAAAACCUUUUUCGUGUAAUAUCUGUACAUUUAGAAGUAUUAGAAAGAGUUAUUUGCAAACACAUAUGA